UUAUCUUGAAUGUGUACAAGUUUAUUGAAUGCGAAAUGGGGAGAUACAAGGCUGGAAUGUUGUUGCUUUGGGUGUUCUUUGCUUUGUGUACACUAGAAUUCAAAGUUGAAGCAAAAGCAUCCUCACCUUUAGAAAGAGAAAUAGAAGCCAAAUUGAAGCUCUUAAACAAGCCUGCAGUGAAAUCCAUCAGGAGCAAAGAUGGAGACAUUAUUGAUUGUGUUAACAUCUAUAAACAACUUGCUUUAGAUCAUCCUGCUUUAAAAAAUCACAUUAUUCAGAGGAUACCCGAUUUUCUUCUUGAAUCACAAAGUUCAAGCAUGGGAGUUACUUCAAACACGAGCUCUGAUGUGUUUCAAACAUGGACGAAAAGUGGAAGUUGUCCAGAAGAAACUGUUCCUAUACGAAGAAUUCGAAAAGAGGACUUGCUCAGAGCUGUUUCACUUGACCGCUUCGGACAAAAACCUUUAGAACUAUUUGUGAAUACAACAUACAACACAAACCUAAAUUUUCACAACCGUGUCCGUGAUCCAACCGGUGGUUUUGUUAAUCUGAAAAAUCGCUCGGAUGCUCAUCUUGUGACAUACGGAUAUAAUUAUAUAGGCGCACAAGCAAAUAUCAACGUUUGGAAUCCAAAGGUUGACAAACCAGAAGAUUUCACUACCGCUCAAAUGUGGCUUAAGGCUGAUAAUGGAAAUAAUUUCGAAAGCAUUGAAGCAGGCUGGACGGUUAAUCCAAAGUUGUAUGGUGACCACAACACCCGCUUGUUCACCUAUUGGACUAAAGAUACAUACAAGUCAACAGGCUGCUUUGAUCUUACAUGUCAUGGUUUUGUGCAAACAAACAAGGGUAUAGCCCUUGGUGCUACCCUAGGACCUGUUUCAUCCCCUCAUCAACAACAAUAUGAAAUCAAUGUUGGAAUAUUUCAGGAUAAUGCCCAAAACUGGUGGUUUAAAGUGAAGAAUAACAUCCCUGUAGGUUAUUGGCCAGCAGAGUUAUUAGGUAAUUUAAGACACAGUGCAACAUUGAUUCAAUGGGGUGGACAAGUGUUUAGUUAUGAGGUCAAAACAAAACCUCCUCACACAGGAACACAGAUGGGUAGUGGAGAUGCAGCAAGUGGUCGAUUUGGGGCCGCAUGUUACAUGGGUAGUGUGAGAAUUAAAGAUUAUUCACAAGCUCUUAAGUAUCCAUCAUUUGUAAGUACACAUGCUGCAGAACCAUAUUGUUACAGUGCCCUCAAUGACGCUCCAUAUGGAAAAGAUCCUGUAUUCUACUUUGGAGGAGCUGGAAGAAACCCUCCUUUAUGUGCUUGAAAUCAGAUAUUGAUUAACUAUAUAAUAUAUAAUGUGUUUGAUGAACAAUAAAUAUGUUUCUUGCAAGUUUACUUUCUUGUUGUUUCUUAUCAAAUCAUUCAAUUCAUCAUAUUUUUUCUUUUACUUUCUUA